AUGCCUCAACACACGUACCUCGACUACACCAUCACAAACCUAUUGGCUGCUGUAAUCAUUGCCUUCACGUUCGGCGAGAUUGGCAAAAACUCGAACGACAAGCCAAAUUUCAUCAAUCAGCUGUCUCAGGAUAACUGGCCGAGUGUGCUUUUCGCGAUGGUUGGGGGUAUUGUUCUGAGCCUUGGGAAUUUAGCAACUCAGUAUGCUUGGGCUUUUGUUGGCUUGUCAGUGACAGAGGUCAUCACGUGUAGCAUAACUGUCGUGAUAGGGACAACAAUGAAUUAUUUCUUGGACGACAAAAUCAACAAGGCCGAGAUUCUUUUUCCCGGUGUCGCAUGCUUUUUGAUUGCCGUUUGUUUAGGCUCUGCUGUUCAUUCAUCGAAUGCUGCAGAUAAUAAAGCUAAGCUCACUGGAAAAGACGAGACGAUCUGCUUUUUGUUUGUGCAGCCUAUUUACAUUAAUGGUUGUGUUAUGCUAACAGAUGUGGAGAAAGGGGUUGGCGUAAAGGACAAGGCGAAAUUCGGAACAGCAGAUUUUCUCCUCGAGCUUGAGAAUAAAAGGGCUAUUAAGGUAGUUUUUGGGAAGAGCACUUUUAUUGGGUUGGGGAUCACUUUCUUUGCCGGGAUUUGCUUUUCUCUAUUCUCUCCGGCCUUCAAUUUGGCCACCAAUGACCAGUGGAAUACCCUGAGGGACGGUGUCCCACAUUUGAGCGUGUAUACUGCAUUUUUCUAUUUCUCGGUUUCAUGCUUUGUGAUUGCCAUCAUUCUCAACAUCACCUUCUUGUACCGCCCCAUUUUGGACCUGCCCAAGUCCUCCAUCACCGCUUAUAUAUCAGACUGGAACGGUCGGGGCUGGGCCCUUUUAGCUGGGCUUCUCUGUGGUUUUGGUAAUGGGCUUCAGUUCAUGGGAGGCCAGGCUGCUGGAUAUGCUGCGGCCGAUGCUGUUCAGGCACUGCCACUCGUGAGCACAUUCUGGGGCAUACUAUUGUUUGGUGAGUACAGAAGGUCGUCUAGAAGAACGUAUAUACUUCUCGUGAGCAUGUUGUUGAUGUUUAUAGCUGCCGUUGGCAUCCUCAUGGCCUCGUCAGGACACCGUAAAUAA